AUGUCGUUUUUCGUCGAAUUGUGGGAGUCGAUCUUCACGCCCGGAACAUCUCCUGCGCUUCUCAAGGCCACGCACGGGUCGUUUGUUCUCCUUCUCAUGUCUCUUCUAUUCCUUAUCUACUACACCCGCUCGAUCCACUUCGUCAAUCUCUUCGUGAUCGCUGCGUUGUUGUAUGCUUUGGUGAUCUGGUUUGUGGCCGAGUUGCAGCGGGCCAAGCUCAUGAAUAACAGCGAGUUGCAGCUGGAGUCUGGCGACAAGAACACCGUCGCAGAGGGCGAAUCGGUUGAGAACGUCAAGAAGACUGAAAAGACUGAAAAGAUGGAGAAAGCUGAGCCUUUGGGGGCUGCCAAUACGGGAGCAGCUGCUGCCAAAAGCACUCCAAGAAAGAGAAAGGCUUAG